AUGGCGGAGAACAACGCGAACAACGGCAACGCACCCCCGAACCUCAACCACGGGGCGGACGACUUCAACCUGGGAGGUAUCGGGGAUUUCAAUCUCGAAAACGCAGGUGAUUUUAACUUCGAGUUCGGCGACCUGGUUGACUUGAACGCCGGCAUGCCGGCCUUGGGCCCCGGCGCCGCUCAGCAGGGGCCUGCGCCCGACGCGCCGGUGGGUGUGAACCCGCGCGACGUCUUGAACCCUCCCCAGCAGGGCGAUGCCGCUGCCCCGGUGCAGCCGCAGCAGGCUCAACAGGACGUGCCCAUGCCCCCACAGCAGCCGCUGCCGGGAGCCGAUGCGGGGGACUUUUUCAACCUCGCCCAGCGGGGAUUCCUCACGCCGCAGCAACAGCAGCGGCAACUCGCUGACCCGAGGAUCUUUGAGCCCUUUGGCGGCCAGAUGCAGUUCCCGCAGCAGAACUUGGCCGGCGCCGCGCAGGCCGCGAACCCGGCCCCGGCCGGGCCCUCCGGCAGCAUGCAGGACAUGAUCCGGCAGGAGAUACGCGAGCAGGUCAGGAGCCAGGUGCAGCAAGAGCUCAUGGGCAUGGGGGCCGCAGCAGGCAGUCCGUUUGGAACACCGCCCGCCAACCAGUUCCCGCACAUGGGCUGGCGCGACCGGGUCCUCAGCCACACGGCCUCGUCCUCGGCCUCGGCCGGGCUGCAGUCGGGGAACGCGUCGCCAAGCCCGAUGGGGGGCGCCUUCCCGGGCGCGGGGCCGGCCUUCGGCCUAGGGACGCCACACGCCCAGGCCUUUGCGAACAUGGGGCCGCAGAUGCCGCUGCUCAACGGCGCCGGGGGUUUCCCAAACCCGCUGCCGUUCCACCAGCCUUUCCUCCUGCCGUUCCAGGGCCCCGCCGACUUUGGGCAGAGCCUUAACGCCGGCGGCUUCUUUGGCAAUCCCGCGGCCCCGCUGGGCAACAACAAUAUGAUCCCGCCACGGCUCAGCGCGCUGGGCAACGUGCUUCCGGCCGACGCCGGCCCCGGGCCGGCCGCCCAGCCAGAGCAGGAUGAGCCACAGGGCCAACAGGACGAGCCACAGCGCCAGCAGGAAGACGCCAUGCAGUUUGUUGUGUUUGACCCCACCCUCGCCGGCCAGCAGGAGGACGCGGCGUUUGCCGCCUUCGUUGCUGCGGCCGAGAACGAGCCGACCCCUGAGAAGCAGGGGGCCUUCGACGGCGGGGUCGUUGCUGAGAUGGACGAGUUCCAGCCGGAUUAUGACUUGUUUGGCAGCGGCGAUGAGGAUGAAGAUAAUGACUUGUUUGGCGGCGGCGACGGCGACGGCGACGCGGACGCAGACGGCGACGACGACGCAGACGCCGACGCCCAAGGUAACAACGACUUGGAGCCCCAGAAUGCCGGCCCGGCCAAUCGGGAGGAGCAGCAACAGAGUGAGCCUGACACGUCUGAGGAGGAGGACCAAUCGCCGGAGCCCUUGCUGCGCCGCAGCAUGCGGGCCAGAAAGCGGAGCUGCCGGGCGCCACCGACCACGCCGUCGACCGACAACGACUCCAUGGACCUCGACGAGCCCGAGCCCGAGGCCAGCGGCUCGGCCGAGGCCGCCGGCGACGACGGCGACCCCGAAACGGACGAGGAAGACCGGGUCUGCCGAAAGGAGCAGGCCAGUAAGAUCAAGGUCGGCCCCCUCCCCGGGGCCGACGUGCGGACCUACGUCGGGCGGGUCGAGGCCGGCGACUGCGCCGACUGCGGCGACGGCCUGCUGGGAAACUACACCUUCUUCGGCCUCUGCGCGCCGUGCCACGGCAAGAGGCGGGCGGAGCGCACCAAGCGCGAAUCGCUCUCGCGCAAGGGCGCCAUCGGCGGCGCCGAGAGGUACUGGCGCCGGGCGCCGGCGCCGCGGCGCCGCACCGUCGACAUGGACACGUACGUGGCGCGGGUCGAGGUCGGGCGCUGCGUCGACUGCGACGCGGGCGAGGGCCUGGCGCUCUCGGGCAUCUGCCUCACCUGCCGCCGCCGCCGGCAGACCAGCAACAAGCGUGCCCUCAAGGCGGCCAAGGACGCGGCGCUGAGGGAGGAGCGCGGCAGCGGCAAGCGGUGCCCCGCGCCCUCGGCCCCCAGGCGCCAGCGCUGGGGCCGCCGCGACCCGGCGUUGAGGGACCCGGCGGCGCCCGAGGACCGCGCGCUGCCGACGGCCGAGACGGGCACGUGCUGGUUCCCGCCGGCGCCCGCGGGCGUCGACGCGGCAACUUACUGGAGCCGCGUUGAUAAUCACCUCUGCAUCUGCUGCGCCGACCCGGCGCGGACCGACAAGUCGCCAUUUUGCCAGUCAUGCUACAAGGACGGGAGCAGGGUGAAGGUGCAGAACGUUUCCAAGCAUAGCUAG